CGGUCCGUGGGAGCAUGCGCGGGACUGCGCUAGCCGGGAUCGCUAUGGCAGCGGCGUCGCUGUGGGCCCAGCCUCCGAGCUCGCGUCUGGGCCAGACAGUGUCAGCAGCCGCCAGCACCGCGGCCUCUUGGGCAUGAGCGGGGUCUCCCGCCGCGGCCCGCGACCCUGGCCGCUGCUGCCGCCGCAUCCCAGCUUUGGGCGGGCGCCGGGAACAUGCCCCUGGCCGCCUACUGCUACCUUCGGGUCGUGGGCAGGGGCAGCUACGGGGAGGUGACGCUCGUGAGGCACCGGCGGGACGGCAGACAACUCUGUCAGGUCAUCCAUUUCCACAGUCUAACACAGCGCCUGGCGGGUAUUACUCUUUGGAGGAAGGGCCGCAUACAUCCGACCCGGAGACUACGGGACUCACUUAAAACCCAUCACCUUCCCGCCAGACCUUUCCCGGUCCCCAUUUCUUAUGUCAUCAAAAAGCUGAACCUCCGAAAUGCCUCCAGCCGAGAGCGACGAGCCGCUGAACAGGAAGCUCAGCUCUUGUCUCAGUUGAAGCACCCUAAUAUUGUCACCUACAAGGAGUCGUGGGAGGGAGGUGACGGUCUGCUGUACAUCGUCAUGGGCUUUUGCGAAGGAGGUGAUCUGUACCGAAAGCUCAAAGAACAGAAGGGGCAGCUUCUGCCUGAGAGUCAGGUGGUGGAAUGGUUUGUUCAGAUCGCCAUGGCUCUGCAGUAUUUACAUGAAAAACACAUCCUUCACCGAGAUCUGAAAACUCAAAAUGUCUUCCUAACAAGAACAAACAUCAUCAAAGUGGGUGACCUAGGAAUUGCUCGAGUGUUAGAGAACCACUGUGACAUGGCUAGCACCCUCAUUGGCACACCCUACUACAUGAGCCCCGAAUUGUUUUCAAACAAACCUUACAACUAUAAGUCUGAUGUUUGGGCACUGGGAUGCUGUGUUUAUGAAAUGGCCACCCUGAAGCAUGCUUUCAAUGCAAAAGACAUGAAUUCUUUAGUUUAUCGGAUUAUUGAAGGAAAGCUGCCACCAAUGCCAAAAGAUUAUAGCCCAGAGCUGGCAGAACUGAUAAGAACAAUGCUGAGCAAAAGGCCUGAAGAAAGACCGUCCGUGAGGAGCAUCCUGAGGCAGCCUUACAUAAAGCGCCAGAUCUCUCUGUUUCUGGAGGCCACAAAGGCAAAAACCUCCAAAAGUAAUAUUAAAAAUAGUGACUCUAAAUCAAAGCCUACUGCUGCAGUGGUCUCUGGAAAUGCUGAAUUGAGUCAUAAAGCCAUUGCCCUCCAGCCACACUCUUCUGAGGGCUCCAAGACAUAUGGAAUGGGUGAAGACAAAUGUUUGUCCCAGGAGAAACCCAUAGUCAUUGCCCCCUUGAAGACACCAGCAAGUCUGAAAGGCCACACCUGCAAACCAGACGUGAGCAAUACCUCAGAAUCAUUAGCCACAAUCAGUAAAGUGAAUAUUGACAUCUUACCUGCAGAAAGAAGGGAUUCCCUGAGCGCCGGCUUAGUUCGGGAGAAUCAGCCAAGACACUUAGAUGCUGUUCAUGAGCUAGAAGGUAACCGCAGUAUUUCUCAAGUGAAGGAGAAGCUGCAGGAUGGCACUAAGCCCAGUCCUCAACCCAGAAACCUGACUCCUACAUGGUCCCCUGAUGAUGUCACUGGGGAAAGGAAUGACCCAGCGAGACCUCUGCAGCUCCUCAACAAAGACCAGAAGCCGAGAGACCAGGAUCAAGUUCCUGGUGAAUGUGUUACAGAAAAACCAGACAGAACCCAAUCGGGUUUAAAGCCACAGAGCUCCUGCUCUGAGCCUUCCCUUUCUCGACAGCGACGACAGAAGAAAAGAGAACAGCCCGAGCACAGUGGGGAAGAGAGACAGGAGGCUGCUCCUCAACUUUUGCCUUCUCUUCCCAUUGUUGGAAAAAUGGAUGUCACAUUAACACAAAAAGAUGCUGAAAACCAAAGAGGAGUGGCCAUUGGGUGUGCUGCAAGCUGUUCGAGGAGCAGGGAGGUGUCUUCAUCAAAGGAUCGACCAUUAUCAGCAAGAGAGAGGAGACGACUGAAGCAGUCACAGGAAGAGGUGUUUCCCUCAGGCCCUUCAGUGAGGAGAGCUUCUCUGAGUGCAUCAGGUCCGGGGAAACCACAAGAAGAAGGCCAGCGUGCCCCUGCCCGAUGGUUGUCUCCUGACUGCCCUGUGGCUCAGGAAAGGAAACUCAUCCACUGUCUAUCUGAGGAUGAAUUAAGUUCUUCUACAAGUUCAACUGAUAAGUCAGAUGGAGAUUCCAAGGAACGGAAAGGUCAUACAAAUGAAAUGAGUGACUUGGUGCAGUUGAUGACUCAAACCCUAAAAUUGGAGUCCAAAGAGAGCUAUGAAGAUCUCCUGGUUCCAGAACCAGUGUCAGAAUUUAAACUUCAUCGGAAGUACCGGGAUACGCUGAUACUUCAUGGGAAAGUUGCAGAAGAAGCUGAGGAUCUUCAUUUUAAAGAGCUACCUUCUGCUGUCAUGCCAGGUUCUGAAAAAAUCAGAAGAAUAGUUGAAGUUUUGAGAGCUGAUGUAAUCCAGGGCCUGGGGAUUCAGCUUUUAGAACAGGUGUAUGAUCUUUUGGAAGAAGAAGAUGAAUUGGAGAGAGAGGCACGUUUGCAGGAGCACAUGGGUGAAAAAUAUACAACUUACAGUGUGAAAGCUCGCCAGUUGAAAUUUUUUGAAGAAAAUGUGAAUUUUUGAGAAUUUAAUCUGCCAGAACUAAAGACCUAUUUUUAAAGGUUUUUGGCUUAAACAGAAACCUGUAAUAAUGGCUGGAGGCCAUUCUCUUUUGGAAUGAAGCAAUGUCACAAAGAAAGAGAAAACCUUUGGCUAUUUUACUCUCUUGAUGAGGGAAGUCUAUUACAAGAUGUCUGGUUACUGUUUACUGAGCCUCAAACCACCAACUUUAUAUUUAGAACUUUAUUUUUUUAAGGUACUAAUUAGCUUGAUUACAGGGCCAUAAAAUUAGAUUGGAAGUUUUGUAUUGUACUAUUGUGAUAAAUGCAUAGAAGUAAGUAUGUCAUAGUGAUACUAAUUGUCAUUGUUAGUAAUUUCAGGUAGUAGUUGAUAAAUUAUUAUUUUUUUUAAAGUCAACUCAUGAUUCUGGGAGUAGAUUUUGAAUAUGAAUAUGAAGUUGUACCUACUGUUUGAGCAAUGGAAUUCCUUUUUUAUAUAUUGAUGGAUGUUUAGCCUUUUAUUUUCAUUUAAUACGAACUUCAUUUACAUUAUAUAAGAAUUGAAACUAAGAAAUAUUUUGGCUUUGUCAAUCACUGUUUUUGUAUACUGGUCUUUUUUUAAGAGUAAUAUUUUCAUUGGUGAAAACAUUUGCUAAAACACUAAUUCCCUUUCCAGUUAAGCAAUUUGUAAGUGAGAUCCAGCUCCUUUUGGUUAUGUUGGGACAUAUUUAUCUCCUGAAGUUUUGUCUUCUUGUACAUCAAAUUAUUUGUUGUCUUUAAAUGUAUGACUGUGUAUCACAUAUUUUAUUAGUUGUUUAAUAAGGGGUAACUCCCAUGUGGGAAAUAAAUUGUUUUUAUAAAAGU